AUGAGGAUCGAACAUUGCUUCUUCUGCUCUGCCCCCUGCUACCCGGGCAAGGGCAUCACCUUUGUUCGCAACGAUGCAAAGAUCUUCAAAUUUUGCAAAUCCAAAUGCCACAAGAACUACAAGUUGAAGCGCAACCCACGAAAGGUGCGCUGGACCAAGGCUUUCCGCAAGGCGAACGGCAAGGAGAUGACCGUCGACUCAACUCUCGAAUUCGAAAAGAAGCGCAACGUCCCCGUUCGCUACGACCGCGAGCUCGUCGCCACCACCCUCGUUGCCAUGAAGCGCAUCCAGGAGAUCAAGACGCGCAGGGAGAUCGCCUUUUACAAGGCUCGCAUGGCCAAAGCAGGUGUCAAGGCAAAGGCGAAGGAGGCCGACCGUCUCCUUGUCCACCGCAACGCUCAUCUCCGUGCCUCAAUCAACGCUGCCAAAAACACUGCCUCUACCUCCAGCGAAAAGAUCAAGGUCAAGGCCAACUCUGCGAAGCCGAAAUCCGCCCUUGUUGGUGCUGGCAACUCUGGUAUGACCAUGGGCAUGGACACCGACUAG